AAAUCCUAUGCUCCCCUGUGCCCUCUACCAGCUGGCAUCAAGGGCUCCCUGGGUCACAGGGCCCAUGCUGUAUAUAAAAGAUAUACUGGGGAUACAGAGGGGCCUUAAAGUGCCCAGGGCUGUGCUGUGGGCACCACAGAUGCAUAUUUCAUGAAGAUACAAAGUAAUUCACAUUAUUUUCUCCCUGCACAUGGUCUCUGUCUCCGGUCCAUGUUGUCUCUCUUACAGGCACCCAGAUCCAAAGAGGUGGACUGAUCCUCCCUCUCGCCACCCCACUCUUCCCUCCCCGGCUCUGGGAAACAGGCCAGAAUGGGAGACUUAGGAAAGAGGAACCCUCACAAAUGUCCACAAACAAACUUCCUGUCCCUGCAGAGCUGCCAGAAUGGCAAUGAGUUCCUCUGACAGGCUCUCUGCAUUCCCGCCCAGCACUGGACUCUAGCCAACGAGUUGGGGAAAGCUGCCAAGGCAGAGAGAACCCUGAGGCUUGCACAACAGAACACACGGCAUCCCAGCAGCCAGGCAGCUAGGCAGACUGGCACCAAAAUGGCAGCAACGGUGACAGAAUCCGGGGGAGUGAAGGUCGUCACAGAGGUCAUCCCACAGACUGACCCCCGGGCUGCACAGCUGCACUCAGUGGCACCACAUCCCAGCUCAGCCCAGGUCAAAGGCUUCAGGAAGGCACAGCCCAAGGCACUGGGGGCCAUACAGAUCAUAUCUGGUUUCACGCAGAUCUCCUUUGGGAUUGCCUUGAUGAUAACUGAAUCCUCAGCCCCAGCCCUCACCGUAGCCAGCGGAGUCUACUUCUGGAUCGGCUUGCUGGUGAAAGUCUGCUACAUUAUCAGCGGCCUGGUCAUCCUGGCCACCCUGACAGCCAUGAUCAUUCACAGCGUGGAGAUCGGCCAAGACAUCCCGUGGUGCAGCAUGCAUGAGGACGGCAAAAUGACCCCGCUGAACUGCUCCCAAAAUGUCUACAUUCUGAGUCACGGGAUUAACUCAACAUUCAUCCUGCUUUGCUUCUUGGAGCUGUGCACGGCCAUCGCCGCCCUGGUGUAUGGAUACAAGGCCUUGAAACAGCAGGACUACACGCAGAUGGUGCUGUGAUGGAGCAGAGGCCAGCUCUGCUCCUCCCACCCCCGAGGUGUACUGAGAACACGAUGGAGAUUUCCCGCACUGGAGCCACAGCGACAUGGACCCUUGGCCACUCCUUCACCUUCCCAGGCAGGACGGCAGAGGGAGCAACUCUGAGCCUCAUCUCAUGCAGCCCACCUUACCCCCACAACUCUUCUGUGUCUAGGGGAUAGGGGCAAAUGCUGAGCCAGACACCACUAUUCCUGAGUCCCCCAACUGAGAGAUGAGAGCUGCUUUAAUGCUCAAAGUAUCCCUUGAUUUUCCCCGCAAACUCUUCUGUUUGUAACCUACUGCAGCCCAUGACCUGUCUCAGGACCCUCCUCACAGAAUCCCCUCAUGGACUCUUACCCCUGAACUUCCUCCCUUCCCCCAAAACUAGAAGGCAGGAGUUAACUCUUUCUGUACCCCAAAACCCUCCCCUGAUUCCCAAACACUCCAGCCUGUAUAAGGACGGUGAAAACAAAUUGACCCACACACGCCUUCCCUGGCCCGUCAAACUCACCAGUCAGUAAAAGGGGAGGAGCCGGAAUGAGACUGAACCCAGCUCCCCCCCACUCAAAUUCUCCUGUGAUCCCUGGAACUCUCUGCAACCGGAGCACAAGACAGCAAGCUCCAAAGCCAUCCUUCUGUCCUGCUCACACCUCUCCUCGAGUUCCACAAACCCUCCCAUCUGCACAGGCAAACAAGACAGAUGGGGAAGACAGUGGGAGUCAACAGGAUUAUAGAGUAGAAGCUGAUCCAUCCCUUUUUCUUGGUCUUUGCCCCCUGGUCUCCUCACACAACUUAACUGCACCAAGGCAGAGAGUUGGGGGUCUGUUUAAUAUUUUUUUUAAUUUGUGUUGCAGUAAAGGAGAGCAGUAAGCAAUUGGCUGUGGAUAGAAGGUAACAGAUUCUGUAGCCAGAUAUAAACACAUCUAUUACGUGAUGGAACAUACAGGGCACCAUGUGAUAUUAAAAAAAACCCACUAGAGAUAUGAUAUCCUGAUUGUCCCAGAACAGAGCAGCGAUGCCAUGAUCUCCAUGUAAAUGCAACAUUCAGCCCUCAGUAACCCCUGAUGUCUUGGGCUUCCACCAAGAACUUGGCCCCUCUGUGUCCUGAAAAAACUCACUUGUUCUCCUUUCAUGUUGUAUUAUCCCAUCCAGAUCACAUGUUUUAUGGACCAGCCCUUAGCACUUGACUUCUUUGCUGAUUUCCAGGUCCUUAGAAUGAUUUCUUCAGCCACUGCUGAUGCUCUCAAACAACAUAUUUCUGAGGGAAAGUCAAAUCCUUAGCAGCCUUCAGGACUUGCAGAAUAAAGAGCUUAGGACCACCAGGGUUACUGCUGUUUAGAAUCGCAACUUUUUUCAAAUCUUCUUUGGUUUUAUGGCAGUGGUCAUCCAGCUCUUUCAUUCUGAGGAUCAUGUCAUAAAAGAAAGAUCUCACUGAUCUCCCUUCCCUUUCAGUAUCCCAAUUGUCUUCCGGUACCCCACCGCUUCCAUUGCUUGGAUCUUAAAAUGUCUCAUUCUGUAACCCACCAGGAAGGAUUCAGGGUGCCACAACGGGAAAGCCACACCUCUAGGACAAUAUAAAUGUAACAGAUUUCCUUGUUCCCUUCACAGCUCCAGCAAGAAUCCACCUCUCAUGUGUGUUGCCAGGUUCAUUCUACUGCAUACCGUGCAAAUGCUAAAGAUGCAUUUUUAUUUUAUUUUAUUUUUUUGCUAUAUUAACCUGAGCUUACAGUAUUAUUAUAACAAAUGUUUCCACAGAAUGUUAUGUCUAGCUACAUCCCUAUCUGUUCAUUCAAAACCAAGCUUACCUCUCAAAUUUGAGAAGUGUUCCUUACCAGUCUGGAUUCUGAGUGGUACUGACUAGAGCUAGUCAGGAAUUUUUCAGCAAAAAAAAAAAAUUUUUUUGGUGUGGAAAUGCCAAUUCACUGAAACCAAAACGGUUUGUGAGAAAAGGGUGGUUUUGAGGAACUUCUUGUUUUGAAAAAUUUUGGGACAAAAGAGUUAGAAUUUUAUUUUUCAAACAAAAAAAAAUCUAUUUUUUCAGUGCAAAACUACUUUUCAUUUAUAAAUUUAAGCUAAUAAUAGCAAAAAGAUGUUAAUUUAAAAAGGUAAAAAUCAAAAUGAAAUGUUUUGAUCGACCCAAAUGAAAAAUAAUUAAAAUUUUUCAGUUUGCAAAAUGUUUUGAGAUUUUGACAUUUCAUCCCAAUUUGGGCCAAGAAAAAUUUCAAAAUUUCAAAAAUUUUAUCCAGAUGGGAACCGUUUUCUACCCAGUUUUACUACUGAGUACUCAGAGUUCUAGUUCACUGCAUUGGGCAUUGCAGAUAUUCAGUGCUGCUUAAGGUCAGCUGUUAGAUAACGACAGCAGAAAGUGUUAUAUAGACUGGAUCAGAAUACCAGAAUUUGUCCCCUGGAUCUUUCCACAGGAAAAAUUCAGUUUUUAAAUUUUCUGAUUGGAAAACGUUGGUUUUCUGUGGGGCAUUUCAAAACUAAAGCAAAAAAACAAACAAAAAACCACUUGUUUUGUUUUGAAAUGCCACUUUGAAACAAAACAAGAGAUUUAUUGUUGCAUUUCAAAAUGUAAUUUGAAAUUAAAAAUUUAAAUGUA